CAUGACAUACUCCUUACAGUAAAAUCCCAAUAUGGCAGAAGCGGCGGGUCUUACACGGUAACUAAAGCAACAUUUCAACGUAACACUGAAACGUUGUCAAAUUCAACACUAAUCUACACAAGACGGCCGCUAUGAGGGAGAGACAGAAGAAAAAGAAGGGGAGGACCUGGGCAGAAGCUGCUAAAACGGUAUUGGAAAAAUACCCCAAUACACCCAUGAGCCACAAAGAGAUUCUACAGGUGAUCCAGAGGGAGAGACUGAAAGAAAUCAGAAGUGGUACUUCCCCGCUGGCCUGUCUCAAUGCUAUGCUCCACACCAACUCUCGCGGUGAAGAAGGGAUCUUCUACAAAGUACCUGGACGAAUGGGAGUCUACACACUGAAGAAGGACAUUGGGGAUGUGGUGAAGGAGCUGUCUGAGGAGGGGUCUGAGGAGGACAGUAGUGAUAACCUGUCUGAUUCCCAGAGGAGCUCAGAGAACAACAACACUGACAGACAGACGGGCAGGAGGGGAGGCUGGCGGAAGACAGUGCCCUCCAAACUGCCAUCUGACCCAUCGUCUCCUCAGCCACGCUGUUCAUCUCCCUCUGUGCCCAGCAGCAAGCUAAUCUCUCCCUCACAGAAACACAGCAAGAAAGCCCUCAAGCAGGCCUUGAAGCAGCAGCAGCAGAGGAACCAGCGGAGACAGGGGGGCUUGCCCACCACCACGAGCCCCAGACUGCUCCUCAAGUCUGUCAAGGACAUGGCUGACACCAUCGCCACUAAGACUGACUCCUGUCCCGCUGCUGGUACCAGAAAGAUGUCCCAAAGGUCCAAUCGACUCGUAAGUGCACGGCAGCUGAAGCGUACCAAGUGUGUGGAGAUAGAUGUUGAGACACCAGACUCUAUCCUGGUUAAUACCAACCUGCGUGCCCUGAUCAACAAACACACCUUCUCUGUCCUGCCCACAGAGUGCCAACAGAGGCUUCUUACACUGUUGCCUGAGGUCGACCAACAGGCCUGUAUGGACGGUAUGUUGAAGGUCACCAGUUCUGCCUUGAACAAUGAGUUCUUCACAUCAGCAGCUCAGUCCUGGAAGGAACGACUGGCAGAAGGUGAGUUCACUCCUGAGCUGCAGCUGAGAAUGCGCCAGGAGAUUGAGAAAGAGAAGAAGGUUGAGCAUUGGAAGGAAAGCUUCUUUGAGAGCUAUUAUGGUGAAAACUCUGGACUCAGUUUAGAGGAAUCCAAAGAGCUCCUUGAGUCUGGUUUCAGUCUGGACCUGAAACCCCAGUCUCCUCCUCCGUCACAGCUACGUCCUGCUGGCCAAGCACAGCAAGACCCAAAGGUCCCAGAGAACAGCUGCCAAACGCGCUCCUCAGAGAGGAGGCUCCGCUCAUCCUCACUGCCAAUAAACUCCACGUGUAAGCCAGUAGAAACUACAUCGAAACCCAUAGAGCGUCCCAAGCCAAGGCCAGAAGUAGAUCCGGUCCAGGGGGAACCAGUAGGAGCCCCGCCCGUUCUCCCACCAGUUGUACAGAGGACACUGGAGAUGGAGUACCCCAGACACAGGACUCGUAGCAGAGGUUUGUCCCUGUCCAUAACGCCAAUGGAGGCGCCUGUGGUUCGGAGACAGGAUGUAAUGGACCCCACGUCUGCGGAUACUCCACCUGGGGAGAAGCAGAAUGAGGAGCGGGAGCAGGAGUUGAAAGAAGCCCAAUUAGUUAUCCCCCAGUCUCCUGAGAUCCCAGAAUCCCCUGCACAGACGGGUCACCCGGAGGUCUGUCCCCAGAGGAAGCUCAGAUCAUCACUGCAGACGGAUCUUCCAGAGUCGGAACCUCUGGACGUGGACAACGACAGUAGCGAGAGGAAGGAAGAUUUUGAGGUCACACCAGAGAGAGGAGCCUUAGUCACUCCUGUUUCCACUCCUGUUUCCACUCCUGUUUCUAUUCCAAUUUCUACUUUUCCUACUCCUGUUCUUGUUCCUAAUUCUGUUCCCACUCCUGUUCUUACUCCUGUUCCUACCCCUAUUUCUACUCCUGUUUCUACACCUGUUCCUACCCCUAUUUCUACUCCUGUUUCUACACCUGUUCCCACCCCUGUUUCUACUCCUGUUCCCACCCCUGUUUCCACCCCCGUAUCAACUCCUGCAUCCACACCUAUAUCCACCACGCCGUCCCCGGAGCCGUUGAAAAGGAAGUCCUCAUCCAGUGAACAGGAAGUAGAUCUCACUCCGGAGAAAAGGCCCCGUGUCACUCCACCAGCAGUGUCCGUUGUAACCCCUCCAUCAGCUUCAGGAACCACUGCACAGAGAGUGCCUCCUCUUAAGAUACCUGUGUCGCGGAUCCUGUCAGUCCCUGCAUCUCCAACCCAGGUUUCCCCCAGGACCCCUCUCCCUGUCCCCCUUAGCCCUGGCCCCAGCUCCGGCCGCACUGGUGCUCGCACUUUGGCAGACAUCAAGGCUAAAGCCCAGCUGGCCCGGGCUCAGCGUGCAGCCGCAGCUGCUGCAGCCAUCUCAUCCUCUAAAGGUGCAGUACCAGGCCCAGGACCAGGAGGAGGCAGCGAAGAGCAGGCGAGCCAUAGAGCUUCAGCCCAGGCCUUCCACUCCAGCCCCUUGUCCUUCGCCCAGUCUCAGUCAACCGCCUGCCGGCCAGCGAGCAGCACACCCUGUCAAUCACCUGACACAGUCUCCACACCAGCCCAGUCCUGUUCUGUCCAAUCGUCAGGCUCCUCUGGGCUUCUUGACCUUAGCCUGUCCCAGAGAAUCUCCAAAAUUGGCAGAGCCUCUCUCCAGGAUGACCACCAAAGAGGAUACUCCGCUGGUCACAUAAACUCAGGCUUUGUGUUGGGCACUCAACAAGGCAACAUUCAGAACACGCCUCACACAUCCGUUUCACCAUCAGCCUCUAGCUGCACUUCGUCCGUAUGUGGUGUGAACAGCCAGGAUGUGUCCGGUGUGUCAGGGAACUCCAUGGCAGCCAGGGUUAGCCACUUCAUCCCUGCCAACAACCCCCUGGUCACCUCUCUCCUCCAGGGAAAAGAGGUCCCUAUGGACCAGAUCCUUCCCAAAUCGCUGGGCCAGGCCAAAUCCUCCAACGAUGACAAAGGGAAGACUAGGUCCCACAGCACAGCAGGAGCAGCCAACGGUGAGAGCCAGAGCCACUACCUACACUCUGGUGGUCUGGAUGACUACAGACCUGACCAGCCUGGUUCCACAGGCCAGUCCACCGUAGCUGGAACAAGAGCAGGUAUUUUUGCCGAGCUCCGCCGUCAUAAAAGGGAAACGCUUAACAAAGAUACCCAGGAGCAGAUCCUCCAGACUCUGAUGCACAGGGCCACCCAGCAACAACAGAACCAGCCAUAUAGGGUACCAGGCGGUACUCAGCCUGCCCAGUUGGGAGCAUGUCACCUAGGGCACCAGGGGGAGUGUGGGGACUGCCCCCGGUUCCCCUCUGGAUUCCCCGGACGGAAGAGGAUGUCCAGGCCCGCCAUGUCAGGGCACUACCUCCUCAAUAUCUCAACCUACGGACGAGGCUCGGAGAGCAGCAGACGCUUCAACCCAGUAGCUAGUGCUAACACCUCCCUGAACCCAUUGGCCAAUCUGAAAAGAGAGCACACCGAGGGGGAGGAGCUGGCUAACGGAGGGGUGGAGUCAGUGGAGACGAAGCCUCUUUGUUAUUCUAACACCGCUGAAGUCAAAUUGGAACAGCAGGGCUUUUCAAUCACAAAGCUGGAUGAAGCGCUGGGCUUUCAACACUGCAGGGUCAAGUCUGAGUCGCCAUCGGAGGGGGGCUGUCUACUGGAGUGGGAUGACAGCAGUUCAGCCAGCAUAGAGAAAGACAGUGGCACUUCUGCAAGCGCCAAAGAAACCAACCCUUCUACACAAACACAGCACAGGAAGCGCCCAGAACUUUGCAAUACUAAACAGGGUGGUCGUUCUGAGCCAUAUGGGAUAUCUGUAUCCCCGUGUCUGGGGACCGUGGACCCCAUCCAUCACAGUACUCACCAGCGUCAGCCUGCCUUUCAAACCCAGAGACCUCCCGCAGAUCAUCAGGGUUCUUUGGUGGGGUCCUACUACGGUGGCACCAUCAGCAUGUCUGUUCCUCAGGCUCUGAGUCUGAACCACAGUACCACAGCUGCUUCCGGCAGCGCGUCCAGCACCACCUCCUCCGUAUCCGGCGGCGACGGCGGGAGCGGCACCGGCAGUGUCAUGUCUUUCUCUGUGACCGUCACCACCAUACCUGCAGGUCACCCACUGGACAGCCAGGGGGACAGGUCUCCAGAGCAGGGCUUUCUCGAAGGAUCCGUUAUAGAGGAUGUUCAGUCGAAAUGCUAUUGCCGACUCAAAGCUAUGAUCAUGUGUAAAGGCUGUGGGGCCUUCUGCCAUGAUGAUUGCAUCGGCCCUUCCAAACUCUGUGUCUCAUGUCUGGUGGUACGAUGAAACCAACGGUAAUGGUCAUAAAUGUGGAAAUGAUUCAUUUCAAAUUGUUAUUAUAGCACCAAGUUACGAAUCAGCAUCAGGUUUUGUCAACGAGUAGCGCUUACCAGCAGGCUUGGGGUCAGUUCAGUUUACAUUCAGGAAGUGAACUGAUUUCGAUGUUCAAUUUCAAAUUGUUAAGUGGCUUUCCCUGAGGAUGCAAAGCAUUAACACUGGACGACCCUAAUGAAUUCGAUUGUUUCAUCUAAUCCAUCUGACGAAGAGUGGUUUGUUUUGUGCAAUUCAUAGUAGUGAUUUUGUCUUGUUCCGUUGAAGUCAAAUCUGCACCUUCUUUCAGACCUGAGAGAAAUAUUGAAUCUUGGCAAUAUUUUGCACUUGGAUAUGUUAUUGUGCUAUAUUUUUGUAAAGAUAGUUUAGAUUUGAAAAAAGGUAGAAAAAAAAUGAAUGUUCCUAUUUUUGUAGAACGUAAUAACAAUGUUAUUAUGUUACAGACUGCCACUCCUAGUUGUGGAGACAUUUUCAAAGGUGAAGAAGGGAUUCACAUUUUUAUUUAGAGACCUGCUAGGCCUUGUGUGUAGGUAAGGGAUUACAAAUAUACUGAUUUAUAUAGAUUUGAAAGGUUGCAAUCAAUCAUGUAUAUAGUUAAUACUAGAAACAUUCGUACAGUUAUAUUCAAUGAUAGUAGAUAUUUCAAAUUAUUUGGAUUAUACAAUAUAUUAUGUCACAUAAUAAUUGCACAUAGCGUUUUUACAUACUAAAAGUUACUGGCAAAGGACUUGAAUGACAGUGCUCUACUCUGUGUGUACUCGACAGUUUAUUUAGUGUUUAGUUGCACUCUAACCAUGGUAAUGAACCCAUUGAGGAGUAGCUGAGUAGCCUGCUACUAAAUCUGUUUGUGUUGUUGUAUGACAAUGAGGAUAAGAGUUAGGUAUGCAGCAGAAACACAUCUGGGAGCAGGCUACAAAAAGGUAUUUGUCAACUCAGUUUAUCGUGUGACGUUUUUCCGACACCGUAAUCUGUCAUAGCCUCCUCCUUAAGCCUCGGCUUGUAGAUAUUCUGUCUUAUGACGCUUUUGUUUUAAUACUGAUUAGUUUUCUGUUUGUUCACAACAGGGUAACUACCAAUGUUAGCUGUGAUGUACAUCUAAAACACUGAGAAAGAAGGGAGAAAAAUGACCAUUUCUGUUUUUGUAUACAUUUUCUUUUGGGUUGCUAGAUUUAGAAAUUAAUUCUCUAGCUUAGCUUUAUGUACCUUGCUUAAGCAUAUCCAACAUGACGUUUUUAUUGCAAAAUAGUUUAUAUCUCUAAAAGAAAUAACACAAAUAACACUUUAAACGCUAAAUGCUGUACUAUCAUGAAACCAAUCAAAGUUGUAUAGGUUCCAUGUACAGAUGGAUAGGGAGGUAGGGGUACAAUUUACUACAUAUACAAUAAAUGAACAUCACAUUGGAAUUAUAAAAUAAAAAUAUAGAUCAUAUUUUAGAACUAAUCUAAAACUGAAAAUGUAUGUGUACCAAUAUAUUUUAUAGAUAUCAUUUCGUGGUAACAUGCCAAAGUCACCUUAUGAAGAGUAAAGGAUCAGAUCUCGUUUUAAAAUGUCUGACUAGUUAAACAAAGUAAUAUAUUUUAAGUCAUAUAUUUUAAUAUAAAAAUUAUAUUUACAAAUCAUUUUUCAAAAACAACAGGGUAUUUACAAGAAUUAUAUAUAUUGGCUGUCCCUUUUUUUCAUGCAUUUGUUCAAGAGUGGACAGACCACUUCAUACACAAUGACUUUUGUAAUGUAAAGAAUCCCAGGCUUUCUGAUUCUGGUCUGUAUGACCUAUGUAUUUUUAUGGAAAUCUAAGUACAUGUCCUGUCUGGAAUAUUUUAUCCCUCUGAACUGUAUGCUCUUGUAAUGACUUUGCUUAAUAAUAUAAGGGCAAUUGUUUUAUGUCUUAAACAUAUUUUCAACAUUAUGUGCUUAUUUGGGGGAAAUGUAUGCCUGUAAGCUCAUAUAUGUUUUUAACUGGUUGGUGGAUUGGAUCCAGGCUGUGUGUGUGUUUGUGAAGAUUAGUUGAUGUGUUUUGUUCAUGAUUUUCAAACGUUCCCAAGAUUUGUGUUACAAAAUGCAACCUUUUCCCUAUAAUGAUGUACUAGGUUUGAUCAGGGCCCUUUAGUGUGGUCAAGAGUUGUGCACUAUAAAGGGAAUGGGAUGCAUUUGACACCCAACCAAUUUGUCCAGAAUCAGAUAAUAUAAUUAAUCUUUUUAUUCUAAGGAUAUAUUCACCAAGUUAUGAUUCUCCAGUGUCAUUUCAAAUAUUUUAUGAAUUUGAUCCAUAAAAUGUUCUAAUUUCUAUUUAAAAUAAAUAUGUAUUUCAUUUUUAUUUGGUUUACCAAACUGUAGUUUUGAGAAUUAAUAUAAUUGUUUUAUGUAAUUUAAUUUAGUUAAAUUGACUGAUUCGUCAGUGGAACUAACUGACUCACUCUGGAUAAGAGUAACUGUGCUAAGUAACUAAAAUGUAAAAAUGUGUCAGUUUGAUGUUGAUGGAUUGCCAGGAUGAAAAAGUUUUUCCCACGUUUUAGAAAACAAGCAGCUGACAUCCUGUAAGUUUGAGGGAGGUUCAAAAUUUGGCCUGGGACACCUAAAAAAGAAUGUUAUUGCAUUAACUUGCAAACUUUGCUGCAACUAAUUGCGAUUAUUACAGAUUCUGAAAGUGUUCUAUAGUAAAAUGUUUUCAUAGAAGACAAUUCACAGAAUAUUGCAGUCUUGAUUUUGUCGAAAGUAACAGCAAAAUUAGGUAUAGAAAGCACACUUUAUUUAACCCCAAUGCAAACUUGUUUUUUUACAUGGCAUUGUAGAUUUUAGCUGUAUAGAUGUAUUCUGGAUGUUUUUUGUGUAUUUUUAACACAUUUACACAAUGCGAAUUAUCGCAAUAACAAAAUUGGCUCUAAAAUUACACAAGCACUAAAAUAAACUCUAGCUAACUGAUGAACUCUAACAGCCCUUGUUAAAAUAUGGACUCAGUAGCUUCUCCUUUGUCUGUGUUUCUCAAACAUUGAAUUAAUUUUCAAACAAAUCAAUAGUCUAAAUUCAGAGAGAUAUAAUGAUUGGAUCCAUUUUUAAAUCUUAGGACAAAAAUGUAAGGCUGAUGAUAGAAAAAACAAGUGUCUUAAGUGUCAUCAGGCAAUCACAAAUGGUUUGAAUAUGUAUGUUUAUCAUGUGAAGGGUGCAUUGCCCACUGUCUGUGUCAUCUUUGCUGUUUUCAGAUUGGAAAGUGUCCAUUUUAAAAUGCAGGUGAAUGUAAAAUAGUUAUCAGCACUUGUAAACAAAAGUGUAUUUUAUCAAACAAUAUAUUAUAAAUAAAUAACAAUGG